AUGGAUUUGCAGUCCCCGUCAGUUCUGGCACAAUUGCCGCGCCCCCUUCACGCCUCAACGGGCAAAACCCGUAUCGGAGAUGUCAACAGCCUCGCCGAUGCCAAAAAACGCAAGCGCUACGAAGUUGCGGUCGCUGUCGAUGGUGAGGCCGUCAACAUUUAUAACAUCCAAACGCCCAAGCUUGUGACCUCGUAUGCCGUCCCGCCGCAGUCGACAUUUUCUUGUCGGCCUUGCUCCGUGCGCCGCAAGCUGCCCAAGAAGUCGGCGGUGAAAAGACAAACCUAUACUGCAGCAACAAAGCCUGAGCACCAGAUCAAGUGCUUUGUGGAAGAGAUUGGCAAUGGCUCAAGUGCGCCAACAAUCUCAUCCUCCAGCGCUACCAUCACAGACUCCAAGAGCCCCACAACAUUCCUGGGCAUUGUUCCUUUCAGCGCCGAGAACGACAGUGAGACGGAUCCCUUCAAUAUCCUCGCCGUUCAUACGGACGGUCGCAUGCGCCGGUUGUCCUCGGACUUAAAAACCCAGCACUGGAGCAUUCAUCACAGUGAAAUUGCCAAAGUCUGCUCCACUCACAUCGUUCACUCCUGUUUCCUGAUUGAUCUUGAGGAUGCGAAGAAGAGUCUCUUCAAGAGGAGGCAGGAUUUAGCUGCUCUUGCUCUCGGAGAUUCGCACUCCGUUGGAUCCGACGAACCCUCCAUUCUGCUUGUUGUUUCUCACCCCAGGGAAGCUGAUACAAUUGCGUUGAAGGAUGUCAAUGUUCAAAUGUUUUCUGUUCCUGCCAACUCCAAACCCAGAUCCCACGGUCUUGAAGAGAGCCAGCGGCUACGACACCUGCAGACCAUUCAAGUUCCCACUCCAGCUGGGCUUGACAAGGUGAAGAGCAACAGUCUACUGCAGUGGAACUUUCACUCUGGAACAGCAGGUUUGCAGCUUUCGUUUGCGAAUGGAUUUGUGAAUUUCGACCUGUCACAAUAUUCUCCCAGCGUAAGCUCGCAGAUUGUUCUGGAUGAGCAUUUCACUUCGAUUAUGCGCAUUUCACCCCAGUGCGUUAUUGGAGCAAGCGAAUCUCUUAUUGCAGUUUACGACACUCAAUACCACUCUGUGCAACGGAGCAUCGCCGCAAGAGAUGUUAUUACGGGUGCUGGAUCAAACACUGAUGGGUCCACAGUAUUUAUCAGCUACUUUGCAAAGUUGGGUAUUGCAGUGGCGACUAAAGGAAAUACUCUGAUUGCGUUCGACCUGACUUCUCUGCAUGGUAACUCCGGGCCUUCUCUCAAACGUUCGCGAGAUGGUCUUCUUAUCGACGCCAUUGGCCGGGGUAUCGGAUCAUCCGCUGCGCAAUGGGACGUGUCCAAAAGGCACCGAACCGAGAACAUGGCAUCUCUGCACCUCAAGACCCCCGAGCAGGCGGAAAAGUGGAGCCAGCUGACGAAAGCAGUCAAUGAAGCCACCCAAAUGCAGAAGCCCGAUCUUUUUGAUAAGGCAGUUAUCGGUUAUUUUUGCACUCCUGAGGCGCCCAAGAAGCUUCCGCGUGAGCAUGUGAACCCUGAAUCCACGCUUUUCCUGCUGUCGAAGAUCUUCGCUAUCGAGGAUUGCACCGUCAAUGACAAAGUUUCCGCAUCCUCUUCGUCUCAAUUGCGCGUCGUCCUUUGGCCUGCCACCACAUGUGACUGGCUCAUUCGACUCGGACACCUGUCGUUAGACAAUGUUGAGAUUGCGCUGCGGCGAGCUUGCAAGCCGCGUAUCCUUCAGCCACUUCCGAUCGGAUCUUUUAUUCAGGCUCUCAUCGACUCUGAUUCCUCAUUGAAGCAUGUCAACCAUGUUCUUGGUGGACCAGCUGUCAUUUCCUCUGAUGAGCUAGCUCACGCGCUCAAGUACUUCCUCAAUCAGGCACGCUUGCAUUCCGGUGCUUUGGAAGAAACGGCCCGAGCUAUCACGAAUGGCGAUGCUGCUACCCCUACACAGGAGCUUACUCGUCACCUCGGAAGUGAAGUUGCGAGUCUAAAGGAUAUCUUCACGGGUCUCAAUAGGUCCCUCCUGAAGAUUCACUCGCAGCCUUUGCCAUCGGUUGUCAAAUCACUCCGCUCCAACUUGUCUAGGACAGAGCUCAUCUCCAUGGUUCAUCACCUCCGCCUCUCCCUUGCUACUGGUGGCUACACCUCCCGCUUCACCGAAAACCCUCCCACCCCCAUCACUCUGGACCAGAUCACCCCUACCCUCUCACUGAAUACCAUUGUGGAUCUGAUCACUGCAUCUGUGGAUGCCGUCGGCCCGUCCGGUUGGAUUUCUGCCAUUCCCGCCGUCAAUAACCUCGAUGAAGGAUCCGAUUCGGCCAUCGCUGCGGCGAGCCGUGAAAUGGAGCUUAUUGCAGAUAUGAAGUCUGAGGUGUCGGCCGCGCUUGCCGGCGUUGAGGAAGCAACUUAUCUGAAGGGCAUCCUCCGUGAGUAUCUCCGCUUUGCGGAUCAGGUUGCCGCCCCGUCUACCGCUUCCACGGACGCAGUUGCCAAGAUUAGCGAUGCUGCCACGUCGGCACCAUCCCACUUGGUCCGCCAUGAGAGGCUCAACGGUGCUGAUCUCAUGGUAUUCACUCGUCCCGAAGAGGGCGAGGAGGGCUAUGGUGGUGACGCUAGUGGCAAGAUGCUGCCGCUGUCGCUCAAGCCUCCUUCGGCAGACGUCUCCCGCACGAAGAUCAUGAAGUCUACUGGCGAGACUAAGACCCGUACUAGUCGUGAGGUUGGAUAUCUCCGACGUAAAGCGGCUGGCAAAUACUCUUUCGAAAGGCUGGUUAUAUAA